AUGUUUGGUGAAACUUGGGAGAAGCUGGAAGUUUCCGAGAAAUUCUGGAUAAUUUUCUUUUUUUAUAUUGUGGCUUCGGUUGGAUGGAUUAUGUAUUGUUGGAUUUCGCAUCAUAUGUGAGUUUGAUGCUGACGCAUAUUUUGUAGUUUUAAAAUAUUGUUGACGUGAUUCUGGUAGCCUAGAACCUUGCUGACGCGUUUUCAGCAGCCUUGAACUUUACUGACACAUUUUAGGAGCUCUGAAAUUUGCUGACACAUUUCCAGCAGCUUAGAGCUUCACUGACGCGUUUUCAGCAUCCUGACACAUUUCCCGUACCCCUUUUUUCCAGUGAGCAAGAAAUUGUGGAAAAUAAAAUUCAACAAAACGGAGCGGCAAGAUCCAUAGAACUACGGUAAAUUCCAGAUUUCCUGAAAAUUUUCAGCCAAAUUCAUGAGUUGAGUUUCCAGACGCCUUCUAGAAGCCUACAAUCGCCUUCCAAUCACAACAUCACCUGAUGACCCAGUUUGA